UUUGCCUCCAAAACCUCCAACAAACACCGCAACCUCUGCCUCCAAUCCCCGGGAACCUCCGCCUCACCUCGCUUGCAAGCACGGAAAACGCCGAAAGUUGUGGGUAAUACCGAGAACAUUAGCCGAGAAUUAGACCCCCAGGAGACCUGUACCCUCUCGUGUCCAGGAAUGACUUAUGCUCUCGAGUCUCAUCUGUUGUUCCUCAACGCAUUCAUUUUUUGCUUGUGAUCACGAUUUUUGGGGAUGACUUCGUAUCUACGCACCUGGAUUUCGUCGGUCCCCUCGUUAAGCUUAGCAUCUUCGCUACCUGGGGCACAGCCUGCGCCGAACGUCAUUGAAGUGCCUCCACCAGAAGAGCAUGACGGGGAUCAUGCAGCUAGUUUGCGGGGGGAUGAUGAAGAUGUCCAUGUUGAUGAUUUUCCACCCACUUUUCCAAGUCUGAACAGUGCUCAGCGUGCAGGCUCGAGCAAAGAGACUACCAGACCUGCGAUUCCGCGGAUCUUGACUGAUUCAGAGCUCAUGCCUCCUCCGCCGUUACCUGGACUUGCAAGUCGACGACCAGGAACUUCCUCGGUGUCGUCUGCGUCUUCAUCGUCUCUUCUUUUCCCCUCCGGUACUUCAUCUCUAGCAGUUCCUCCGAGUACACUGAAACCUCCGAAUAAGAAGGCGACGAAGAAGGUAGCCUUAGCACCCGGACAUGGACCCCUUGAUUGGGCGACUCUUUGGGCGAAUCUGAAAAAGUCUGGGAAGGAUCUUAGGGGUGUUGACGCUUUGUCCCGAAUGUCUGUUCUCAAGCAGCAUAAUAAGCGGGAUGACGCGUGGUCCGCUUUCAACGGCAAAGUCUACAAUAUUACUCCAUACUUGCCCUAUCACGCUGGCGGCGAGAAAGAGCUAAUGCGAGUGGCGAGUAGGGACGGAUCGAAGCUCUUUGGUAUGCCGUUAUCAUUGCAAGUUGCCGGUGUUUUCGCUGACUGCGUUUCUAUCAUAGCUUUAACUCAUGGCUGGGUUAACAUAGACUACAUACUUGACGAGUGUCUAGUUGGUUUCCUGGUCCCGGAUUCUUGACGAGACUACCAGAGCUGCUGCCUCUUUAUGAAGUCCACUUCAUUCCUCCAGGAUGUCAUGAUACCCAUCCUGUAGAACAGAGCCUAUCUAUACACCAUGUUGUUUUUGUGCUACUUAUACUAGAAUACACUAGACCAUUUCUAUGUUAGACACAAGGUCCUUUCUUGGAGGACAGUGAGCGACAGAAGCAAUCACCAGAGAG